AGUCGGAGGGCGCGGCCUGUGCGCUUCCUUCCCCUCCCUCGGAGGCUGCCUCCUCUCCCCGCUCAGAACCUGCCCGGGGCGGGGGGGGGGGGGAGACACGAAAGCGGCCCUCGACACCUCUCAGGGCUGUCGCCAGGCCCCGCCCCGGAAGUCCGGCCCCGCCGCCCCGCCCACCAAUGGCACGUGACCCGGGACCAUAGAGUCGGGAGGGAUCCCGGGGGUCUUCCUUCCUUCCUUCCGGUCCCUGUGAGCAGGGGAGACCGCGCGCCUGGGCGCAGGAUGGCUCCGGCGGGGCUGCUGCGGGCGCUGGCGGCUCCUCUGCGCUGGGGUAGGUGGCCGCCGGGAGAGCCUCUUGCCCUGCUCCGUGCGCCUCUCGGAGGGCCGCUGCUCCCCGGCGGGAGGGGGCUGGGAAGGGGGGGGGGGAGAGCCGCGGGCUCCCGAGGGGCGUCUGUGCGAGUGGGACCUCAGUCACCCGGGUGGGCCAGGUGUAGGGCAGGGCGCCCCCGAGGAGAGCCUUGCUGGACCAGGACAAAGGGCCAUCCAGGCCAGCAUCCUGUCCCCACGAUCACCAACUGGUGCCCAUUAUGCAAAACCAGGGUGCAGGAUCGGAGCACAAGAGCAACGCCAUCUCGGCUUGGGGUUCCCAGAAACUGGUAUUUGGAAGCAUUGCUGCUUCUGAGCAUGGAGGCAGAGCACAGCCGUCAUCAAGAGCCCUCCUCUCCUCCUCUGUAAAUUUGUCUUAAGUUGGUGGCCAUCACUGCUUCCUGUAGGAGCAAGUUCCACAGUUUAACUGCCCUGCGUCAAAAAAGUCUCCCUUUUAUCUGUCCUGAAUCUUCUAAUAUUUAGCUUCAUUGCAUGUCCACGAGUUCCUAAGGAGAAAGAGAGACGCUUUUCUCCACCCACUCUCUCCAUGCCAGACUUAACUUUAUCAACUUCUACCAUGUUGCCUCUUACUCACCUAAGCCAAGAGGCUCCAGUUGCCACAACCUUUCUUCCUGGGGGGGGGGGUGUCUCUCCAUCCCCUUGAUCAUUUGGGUGGCCCUUUCCUAACCCUUGCAUUUUUCUUUUGCCAGGAGCUGCUGCCCUCCCUCGCAGCUUCAUUCCACCACCCUGGCCGGUGCUGCCACCCCCAAGCUGCCCUAUGGCCACCCUCAACCAGAUGCACCGCAAAGGCCGCCCCAAGCUGCCUCCGCCAAAGCCCGGCCCCACCAGUGGCUGCCCCCAGCUCAAAGGGGUGGUGCUGAAGACCAUGAUCCGAAAGCCCAAGAAGCCCAACUCGGCCAACCGCAAGUGUGCCCGUGUGCGGCUCAGCAACGGCAAGGAGGCCAUCUGCUUCAUCCCGGGCGAAGGGCACAACCUGCAGGAGCACAGCAUCGUCCUGGUGGAGGGCGGGAGGACGCAGGACCUGCCAGGGGUCAAGCUCAAGGUUGUGCGGGGAAAGUAUGACUGUGCCCAUGUACAGAAGAAGAAGUGAGCCCAGACUGGGCCAGGCAUGGAGCCAACUGGGCCUGCGCUUUCACACGCAGCUUCCAGAAGCCUCUAGGGCUGUGGAUUGCAGUGAAGGAGGCAGAGCAAAGGAUCUCUCUCUGCGAGAAAACUUCCAUUCCUGGAGACUUGGCUUGGAGGGUGCCUGGAACUCUUCCAGCUGGAAUUUUUCAAGGCAGUUGGCUGCCUCUUCCUUCUUAUAUGUAUAGAUGGCAGAUGCAGCAAGCCAAGAGAAUGAGGAGAACUCCAAGGCAUGGUGUGGGGGAGAGGGAAGGUUUUGUGUUCCUAAAUAAAGAGUGCCAUGAUAACUUC